AUGCGCGUGGAAAAAGCCCCCUUCCCGGAAGGCUUCCUUCGCCGGACCAAGGGAAGGGGGCUCGUGGUCAUGUCGUGGGCACCGCAACGCAAGGUGCUGGAGCAUAGCGCGGUGGGCGGGUUCGUGACACACUGUGGAUGGAACUCGAUGCUGGAGGCGCUCACAGCGGGAGUGCCCAUGCUGGCAUGGCCGUUGUACGCGGAGCAGAGGAUGAACAAGGUGUUCUUGGUAGAAGAGAUGCGCUUGGCCGUGGCGGUGGAAGGGUAUGAUAAAGGGGUCGUUACAGCAGAGGAGAUUCAGGAGAAGGCGAGGUGGAUCAUGGAUUCAAACGGUGGAAGAGAGCUCCGAGAGCGGAGUUUGGCAGCCAUGUGGGAGGUGAAAGAGGCGUUAAGUGACAAAGGAGAGUUCAAAAUAGCGUUGUUACAACUCACAAGUCAGUGGAAAAACUACAAUAACUCAUAAGUCAGCAGAAAAGCUUAUGAAAGAGAGAAGGAUGCAGAUAUGAACAGUGGUGUUCAUGGGCUAGCCUUCUCCACCAAUUGAUUUAAAAUGAACAGACCAGGUCAUAUGUUACAUGUUACAGUAGUUCGCUUUAGCUUUCUUUUCUACGAGGGUGGUAAAAUUCAAUACAAUAGGUAUGGUAGAGUAUAGUGGCACAUUUAAAUUAGAGUGAGUUGCAUG